AUGGAGUAUCUCGGUAGAAGGCUCAACAAACUAAAGGAGGUGAAAAAGUUCAAGUUCCAUCCCAAGUGUGCAAAGUUAGGGAUUACCCACCUAAGCUACGCAGGUGAUCACUUGAUAUUUGCUAGGGGUGAUCUCAACUCUAUCUCUCAUAUUCAAGAAUGCUUCAACCACUUCUCUCAAGUAUCUGGCUUACAGACAAAUCUGAAGAAGAGUUCAAUGUAUUUUGGAGGAGUUCAAAAGAGUACCAGGGUAGAGAUUAUUCAAAAGUUGGGCUACACAAUUGGAGAGUUACCAUUUAAAUAUCUUGGUAUUCCUCUUGCUACCAAGAAUCUGUCCCUGAUACAAUGGUAUCCUCUAAUAGAAAAGAUAGUUGCAAGGAUUUUCUCAUGGACCGCCAAAAAGCUCUCAUAUGCUGGAAGAGUGCAGCUGUUCCAAACAGUCCUAUUUGGUAUUCAAUCCUAUUGGUCACAGUUGUUCAACUUACCAGUAAAAGUUAUGAAGAUGAUAAGGCCUACUGUAGAAGUUAUAUUUAGUCUGGAAUCAAUACCAUUACAAAAAGUCCCUGGUGGCUUGGAGUAG